AAAAGUUAUUCCGUUGCUAAGCAACUGCGUUAUUGUUGUUACAGCUUCAUUUAUUGUAUAUCGAUUUCAAUAUUACAUUCUUUGGUUUGGUUUUUGAUCAGGAACUUGGAUUUCAUUAUCAUUUUCAUCGUUCAUACCAUUUCAUUAUUGUUUUGGAUUUAGUUCUUAAAAUUAAAACACAUUUAAAGGUUCAAUAUGGAAUUCUCACCAUCCACCAUGGAGAAGUUGGCUGAAUUAUUUAGACCUCCAGAACCAGAUGUUUUUCAGGGUGAAGAUUUCACACCAACCGAAUAUGAAAUAACAUCGGUAAGAGGUAAAAUACCGGCUACAGAAAGAGAUCCUAAAGAUCCUAAAACGAUUGAGGAAUAUGAAGAGCUGGAGGACAGAGCUGCUGAAGAUUUAUGUCGUAUCGGAGCUGGCCUCGAUGAUCGUAAAACUCCACAGUACACAAUGAACUAUCAGCAAUCUGUUUCGGCGGAAGAUGUAUUUCUUCAGAUUGGUCCUAAAACUCCGUCUUCGGCUAGUUGUGAAAAUAUUGUGAUAAGAAUAAAAAUGCCAGGAGAUAAAAAAGAGAAUGUUGAUUUAAACGUAGAUCGAACAACCGUAACUGUAAAUUCUUCACAAUACACCUUGAAUUUACCAUUACCACAUGGCAUCGAUCCAGAUUUAUCUAAAGCCAACUGGGAUACUGCUGAAGAUAUGCUAGUCUUAACCCUUAAAUUGGAUAGAGAGUUUGAUUUUGUUAAUUUCUGAAUUAAAUAUUAUAUAUAAUAUGCUUACUA